AUUCAUUUGAGUCUUAACGAAAUAGACAUGGAACGUGAUAGCGAGUCUUCUCCUCAAGAAAGUUGUCCAAUACCAACAGAAAUGGAAUGUUUCAAGGAGCAAAUGAAAGAACUGAAUAAAAGAAUCAACUCUCUUUUUCAGUCAGAGGAACAGCUUAGAAACAGACUACAAAAAGUUGCAAACGAAGCUGAAAAUACUAGACAGAAUUGUUUGUCUAAAAAGAAAUGGCAAGGUUCAUAUCCGACAAGAGGAAAGGAGAAUUCAGGUGGGCAAGUGGAUGCAGAGUAUGCAAAGGAAGUUGUUUCAAAAUUGCUUGGAGAGAUGAAUAAGCUGCGAGCAUAUUGGAUGCAAGAAAUGCAGUUGCGUCAUUGUUGUCAAAAUGAAUUGUUAGAGUAUAAAAACUUGGCUGCCGGAAUGGAUGCGUCUUCAGUCAGGACCUCUGAAGUACUGGAAUAUUACAAAGAACAAGCAACAAGGUAUAAACAAACUCUAUUAUCGACAACAAAAUGGUGCAUAUGGGCAGUCAGUGAAACAGCAGAGAAAAUGAACACAAUGGUACAAGCUUCUAACCAUUUGAAAAAUUUCAAUGCUACAACUGAUCGUAUUCAAAUCAAACUGAAAGUUCUCUAUGAGAGAAAUAAUGAGCAAACACAACGUCAGAAUGAAAGACUGCAGAGAAGUCUACAAGAUAGCAACAACCAAUUGAGCGAAAAAUUGGACGCAGUACGAAAUGAAAUCCAAUGGAUGACCAAGGCACUUGUCAAUCCCAGUGAACAGAGAAAUGAAGAAUUGAAACAAUGGCUCCAAGGAGUGAAACAGGAGAUUCGAGAUCAACUGAAAGGAAUAGCAGAGAUGGACAAGGGAACUGGCACCAAUCAGGAAAGUUUGAAACUACUUGAGGAUUUGAAAGACAUCGGACUUCAACUGCAAAAUAUUGGCAACAAAAUGGAGAUUGAGAAAGGAAAUGGAAAACGAUUGGCUGAAGUAAAAACAAAUUCAAACAGCCGUAACUUCAAACUCAUCAAAUGGAGCAACAUAGAAUCCCUUCAACCGAAUUAUUGCCCUUUUAGUGUCGACAAACUAUCAGAGACUACAAUAGUCUCUAUACCACCUCACAUGGACGCAAAUAAAUUCUCUGUUGAACCGGAUGCAAAAGAACCGCAGAAAAUCAACAAUUCUUCAGCUUGGAAAGUCUUCAAAAUUCAAAGUAAUCGUCGAGUUGGAGCAAUACAUACAAGAUUUCAGGUCGACCAAGACAACAGUAUUCGUACGUCUCACAAUGAUACCAGCAGUGGGUUUCCCACGGAGGUGAAUAAAGUCCCGUAUCCUAAAAGCUCGCAUAAUCGCAAAAAAGCUCCCAACCGGAGCAAAACUACGAAAGGUUCCAAGAAACAAGCUUCUAAAGGUGAAUCCAGUGCAAAUGAACUCCUCAGAAUAGCUACCAAAGACAAAAUCGAAGCUGCAGUUGUUACAACAAAACAAGGAAACUGUGAUAAUCUGGCGAAAGAACAAGAUUUGCAAACUUGCAAUCAAAUCGAAACGGUAACAAGUUCAUCACGACAAGGCGAAGAAGUGUAUCGAACUUUGCAGAAGAACGAUAGUAAAGAACAAGAAACCAGACAAAAGAAACAAGUCAAAACAAAGGGCACUGCGCAACAAAAGUUAGAAGCGGCUGAACAAAGAAAGAACUGUAUGUUCACCAAUAUUCUGAGUAGUUCAACAGAUGCACAACAAGUUUCGAAGAUAGUUGAUGAGGAAACUGCUCUCAAACAAGAAGCUCAUAGCAACCAUCGAAUCGCUCGCAGUUCAAAAUGCUUUGGAAAGAAAAGAAAAAGUUCUAUCAUUGAUGAAUAUGAACUUACAGCAGAAACUUGUUCUCAAAAGCUGCCUCUUUCGUUCUUUCAAAGCUUACAAAUUUAGAGACCAUUCCAUGAUGACAAGACUU